AUGGACCCAACCCUCGAUCCCCCACUCCCACCACCCCCGCGUCGCAUCCACCACCGCGCCUCGCCAACCCGCCGCCGCGAUCAUUACCAAAACAACCACAAUCACCACUACCGCCUCACCGCCACCGCCACCGCGCGCUCCCGCUGCGACGACCGCUCCAGCCAACCCUCCAGCGACCCGGCCUUCUUCUCCAGCGACGAUGUCCCCGGCUCCGGCGGCUUGGAGAACUACACCGCCGGCUCUGCUGCAGGUGUAGGCGCUGCCGCAGCUACCCACACAGCACACCAGCCUCACCAGCAUGCUUCCGGAGCCGGGGGCUUAGCGGGCACUCGGAAGCGCCGGUAUCGCGGGACGUGGUGGGGGGAGAAGAUGAUGUCGUCGGGCGGGCAUCAACCGCAAGGUCAGGAAGGGGCUAAGCGCAACAAGAGGGUGGAUUGGAGGGAGAAGAGUGGGCAAGAGCAAAUCAGUGUCGUGCUGGUGGAUCUUCCGCUGAUCUUCGCCGAGGAAACCUCGAUAGUCUCGUCUUCCAGGAUUCCCCCAGUCUACGUCUAUUCAAGUCUGUAG